AUGCCGUUUGGCCUGGAUGAUCUUCUUUUCCGUCUGGCGGCCGCUUCCCCUCGUCUCUGGAGAAGGCGGGGUCCCGCAGGGUCCUUCGUCUCUUCCUCCUCCUUUUCUUCUUCUUCCUCUUCUUCUUCUUCUUCUUAUGGCUUUGUGGAGGGUGACCGGCUGGUCUCCAGCAGCAUCACCGCCAAAUGUGCCGCCCCGGUGCCACUGCAUCUCCCACCACGUCGAUAUCGUCAUGUAGGGAAGAAUCACAAGUCUGCAAUCUCACUCCUCACAUCCCCAGUAGAGGAAAUCUCCGCUUCCCUUGGCAAGUACUCCUUGGCAGAGGUGAGUCAGCUUUACGAGACUAUGCAGAAGGAAGGUAAUUGGAAAGCAGUAUUAAAUGUAACAGAAGGAGCAAAACAAGGUAGACACUACGCAUUUCUUACUAAAAAGAAUUUGGAAAUGGCCGUACGAACGCUUCUUAUGUCCUGUGAAACGCAGAAAGUAGUAGAUUUUUUUCUGUUAUAUGCAAAUGAAGUACUUCUUUCUGAUGACAUUAUAGUAGAAGUAUUUGAUGCUUGUAGAAACCAUAAGGAAAAUAGUUUGGCACUCUAUGAAAUGUUUAAACCAUUUCAUAGAGAGUGGACACCUACAUUAUAUGCGUGUUGCAUGACUAUAAAUGCCCAAUAUAACUGGAAGGAAGCUCUUUUAUUGUAUGAUAAGUACAUGGAAUAUGAGCAUCCACCGCGUAUUAAACGUCUUUUUACUGACGUUGUAGGAAGUACACAAUCUUUUAGUAGCAACAAUGAUAUCAGUAAUGAAUAUAUGUCUUCAAAUAGAGAAAAUCUACGAUUUCUGUACCAUAUUAUUCUUCCGCUCGUUGCGGACCGAAGACCAGAUCUUCUGGAUCAUUAUUAUAGACAUAUGAUGAUGCGAGAACCAGAGUCUGCUGUUGACGUACUACUGCGGUGUCUCCACACAGAACGUGGUAGAGAAUUAGCCAAUGAAUGGCUUCAAAAACUAAAAGAAGAAAACCUUUCUUUAACUUCAAAUACUUCUAAUGUUCUGGAAUUAGCUAUGGAACUAUACAAAAAAAAGCCUAAUGUGAUGAAUCUUAAUUCACUUCUCAAAUUGAUAUUGACUUAUCACCCAACAUCUUUAGAUGAACGUAUUGGGAAAGAAAUGCGGCAAUAUCUCUCUGAAGUUGAAAUGAACGAAAAUGAUGCAUCUGUUUUGGCGCGUACUAUUACAGAUAGAUCUAAUCAUUGGAAGCUUGCAACAUAUUUCGUAUCAUCUAUGAUAGAGCGCAAGCAUUUUAGCGUAAUUCCUUCUCUUUCAUCAUAUGUAGCACGACAAGGACGAUGGUCGCUUGCGUUAGAUAUGAUGACAGUACACCUGUCAAACCGUGGUACCUUUGGUGCCGCAGAAUUAUCUCUAUGUGUUGAAGCAUCUGUGUUUGCUGGUCGCUGGAAAAGUGCACUAUUUUGGGUAGAACGUGCCCAUAGCGGUGGUAUUCUGCUUCCUGCAACCACUUAUGAUGCUGCGUUGUCUGUAUCUCGUCACUGUAAAUGGGAUGUUGCCCUUCGUGUUAUGACAUCUAUGCACGAAGUAGGCGCUGUUUCAACUUCGAAAGGUAUUCUUGACGUACUUGAGGCAGCUGCAGCACAGGACGAAGUAGAGAAGGCAUUGCAUAUCAUUGCCAAGAUGGGGAGUGUAUACUGGACGUUAUAA